UGAACGACCGUCAGAUUCGUGAUUACGUGUAUAUUUAUUGCAAUCAAUAUUUUACUAUAACAUUUUUACUUUUUUCUGAUUCGUUAUAUAUUUAACUAUGGCAAGUCCGUAUGAUAAAUUGUCUUGGAAAGAAGUACGAGACUUACUUAGAACGUGGAGAGAAGAUGGUGAACGUCAAAGUAAGGAUGUAGUAGAUUUAUGGGAAACAAAAUUGAUGGCAAAAAUUGAUCAACUUGGCAAUGAAAAGUACCUGGUUUUGGAGCAAGUUUGUAUAGCAGCACUGGAUUGCUCUUAUUAUUCAUUAGCAGAAUAUUGUAUUAAAAUAUUGAGGAGACAGUUUCCUCGUAGCUUGAGAGUUCACAAGUAUCAUGCUAUGCAGCUUGAAGCAAUGGAAAUGUAUGAUCAAGCAUUAGAAGUUCUGGAGUUUAUUAUAAAAAGAGAUGAAACUAAUGCUGCACCAAGAAAACGACGUAUAGCUAUAUUGAAAGUAAAGGGUCGAAUACCAGAAGCUAUUAAAGAGCUUACAGAAUAUUUGAAGAAAUUUAUGAGUGAUCAAGAAGCAUGGCACGAGUUGUGUGAUCUGUAUUUACAAGAACAAGAAUAUUCUAAAGCUGCAUUCUGUAUGGAGGAACUUAUAUUGCAUAAUCCGCACAGUCAUUUAAUUUACCAAAGAUAUGCAGAAAUAAAGUAUUCUCAGGGUGGAUUUGACAAUAUGGAAUUAGCAAAGGCUUACUUUUGUCAGGCUGCAAAAUUGAAUCCAAACAAUAUCCGUGCCCUUUAUGGUUUAUUAUUGGCAACAAAUAAUAUUGCUACAUCUCCUAAAUGCCCUUCUUCUAAGAAGAAAGAUGCAAUAAAGUUAAGAGAGUGGGCAGCUAAUCAAAUUGAAAAGCAAUAUCAAUCAAAAGUUUCAGAUGAACAAGUUAAAACAGUGGAAGGAUUAUUAGGACAAUUGCAACUUGACGUUUAG